GUAUUUUGAUCUCUCGUCAGAUGUUGUGCUGAGAGAUGUAAAAGCGAUUGACUUGACUCAGAAUUUUGCUUGCAAUGUGAUGUGCGAACUAGUUAUACAAGUCAAAGUCUAUUUAUUCUGAUAAUUUAUCUCUAGUCACUCUGUUAUUGAUUAAAAUUGAAAUAAACAUGCACGCAGAGGAAGAAAUAAUCUCAGUCAAACUCAACAUAAGCAAAAAAGACAAAGAUGGCAUCGAAUUUGAUGAUUUUUUGCUCGAUGAAUUAGGAGGAAUGAGCCGUUAUCAGUUAUUGUCUGUAUUUGCGACCACCGUGCAAGUAUUUUGUGCAUUUUCAACAACCACUCUUCCAUUUUACCUAAGCGCAACGCCAAAAUUUAGGUGUGCAUCGCCGUUUGAUGAGGACUUCAUCGGUCAAAAUAAUGUAUCUGACGAGUUUCUACGAUCUAUCCGGCCUUCAACUUCCAGCCAAAAUUACAACUCAUGUCAUGAACGGCUUUACAACUAUUCCUUAUGUAAUGGGAAUUGGAAUACUUCGUGUUUGAAAAAUCAAACGGAUGCACCGCUGGUGAAAUGUGAUAAAUACGUCUACGAUGGCGACGUAUACAAGUCCAGUAUCACAACUGAGUGGGACCUGGUAUGCAACAGAGCUGUAAUGAAGACUAUAGCAAAUUCUUCAAUGUUUUUCGGAUUCCUCAUUGGAGCAAUCAUUUCGGGCAUUGUUACUGAUCGCAUCGGACGCAAAAUGACAAUGCUACUUAUAUGUAUUUUAUCAUCUUCUUCGGGGUUCGCGUUUGCAUUCAGUCAAAGUUAUCAUGUUUACAUUGUGUUCUUCAUUCUCUUUUCAAUUGGAAUCUCUGGACAAUAUAUUGUUACCUUCACUUAUAUGAGUGAAAUUUCAUGUAAAAAAGGAAGAGGAAAAUUAAUUUUCACCGUUUCAUUACUGGCAAUAAUUGGAGACAUUCUGAUUUCACUCGUAGCUGUUAUUUAUCGAAAUUGGAGAUAUAUUGCAAUAUAUAGUGGCGUGAUAAACUUGCUUUAUUUACCAGUGCAUUUUUUCAUUUCUGAAUCACCAAGGUGGCUGUUAUCGAUUGGCAGAACAGAGAAAGCACGAAAAGUUGUGAUGAAGUAUUUUAAAUCUAGUGGGAAAAACUUCAAUGAAGAAAAAUGGCAAUCUGUGCUGAAAUCUUUUGAGUCGCAAAGGUCAGAAGAUGAAGUACAAAGCAAAACGUACUCGUUUAUUGAUUUGUACAGAUUUCCUCAUGUUCGAAUAAUAUCGAUGAAUGUUAUGUUUUCGUGGAUGGUUAUUUCGCUUGUUUAUUAUGGACUCAUACUUAAUACUGGAUACCUUGCAGGUAAUCCUUACGUGAAUGGACUUGUAAAUUCAACACUUGAUUUUAUUGCAACAAUUGCUGCACUGAUUGGAGAAAGAUAUUGUUCGAAAGUUUAUUUACUAAGUGGAUCGUACGCGAUCGCUGGUAUAAGUUGCAUAUUGAGCAUGUUAGUUUUAGAUUUCGGAUACGCCACUGCAAGCGUUGUGUUCGCGUGCGUUGGCAGGCUUGGAGCAGCUAGUGUUUACAAAAUCAUUUAUGUUGUGACACCAGAAUUAUUCCCUACAUUGCUGCGCGGGACUGGAAUGAGUAUUUGCACGGGAACUUCAAGAAUUGGAGGUAUGCUUUCACCUUUCAUCGUACAAUCCCAGGAAGUGAUACCAUGGCUAAUGCAGUCCAUUUUUGGCGUACUCAGCAUCGUGGCAGGAUUUCUGGGCUUGAUCUUCCCAGAUACCAAGAAUGUUGCUCUAGUAGCAACCCCUGAAGACGCUGAAGACUUUUUUAAAGACAAUAUGGCUCUGAUUUAUCGCCGCAGGAAUCCAAAAAGACACAGAAAGUUUACCUAUCCCAGACUGCGUAGAAAUAGUUCCAAUUUAGUGGAAGACGUAAAGCUAUCAGAGUGCGAUCAAGUCGAGGAGGCAUAUUAAAAGGAUCGCAAGCAACAAUGGUAUAUUCUAUUUGAACAUAAUGUAACAAUAUUCAAAAUGCUUUAUUUCUUUUUCUAUGUUAAACGGAAUGAACAAUUAUCGACCAAUAAAUGGAAAAAUACCCAAAAUUCAAUGCUUGAAUUUGCUUGCACCUCAUUAAUAUAAAUUGAGUGUACAGAAUUUUCAAUGUUUACUUCUAAACCCGAAUAGUUACAAUAGUGUUAUGCUGUAUUGAUAUGUUAUAAACAUUUGCAAGCUGUAUUUACUCAAUUUUUUAUGCUUGUGAACUAAUAAAUUAUUACCCCACACGAA